GCUUGACGCAAUUGGAAAUGCCUACAAAAUGUCGCCCAGCUCGUUUCAUAGAACCUGGGUUUACCUGAAAACAAGAAGAUCCGUUUGGUAUUACGGAAAGGUGAUUACUUUUGCCGUUCUUCUGUUGGUAGGCUUGGACAGAUAUCUCGGCAAAGACAUAAAGACAUAUGACAAUGUUAAUCUUUCAUCUCAGGACAACAUGGGACAAAGUGCACAGAAACAAUCACUAGACGAACCUCCACAAGACGCUCAAAGACAAGCUUACCCAGAAAUAGAACUAGGUCACAAAUUUGUUUUCGCUGUCAGCGCUCGCAGAAUCAAUCACUUUAACUACAGCUUUCUCAUCAACGAACCGGAAGCAUGCCAGAGUUCACCGGAACUGGUCAUUAUCAUUGUUGGCGCGGCAAGCAAUGACGACAGACGAAGAGCUAUCAGGGAAACGUGGGCCAAUGGGAACAGACUUCAAACAGUUUCAAACAUAAUUCUUUUCAUGGUGGCUGGGACAGACAACACGACGCAAAAGGUUAUACGAUCAGAAAGUGAGAAGUUCCACGAUAUUCUGCAGCCAAGCUUUCCGGACUCGUACGAAACUCUGCCCCUGAAAUCUGUCGCCAUAUUGAAGUGGACCAUACAGUACUGCAUGUCUUCUAGAUUCAUACUUAAGACCGAUGAUGACGUGUACGUUAACAUACCGGUGCUACUACAGCUGCUGCAGGCGCAACCGAACGCCGAGUUCAUGCUCGGAAAGGAGAAUUAUAACAUCUCUGUGAGAAGAGUUCCCCACGAUAAAUACUAUAUCAGCAAGGCUCAAUAUCCAUACAAGGCGUUCCCUCCCUACCUCCAGGGUGUCGGGUACGUCAUCACCACACGUGCAGUACCACGUCUCUACGACGCCGCACUACACAUGCCGCUCGUGAGGUUGGAGGACGUCUACGUCGGUGGGUUUUGUCGAAUACGGUCCGGCGUUUCGAUGAUCCACACCGAGUUGUUUAAGACGGGAUUCAGAGGAGGUCUGUGUGAUCUCCGGUCUUUAGCCCUUCUUCAUGGCUACGGCAGACGAGCAAAACUUUUUCGCAUGCAUCGACGAAUGACAAGCAAGCUCGGGGUGUGUGGAGAUAAAUAAUAAUGUUUUGUUGUUUAACAAAAAUAUAUAUAUUUAAAUUUACAGUU